UUAGUACAAGAGCAAGCUUAAUUUGUAAGCUUGUAACCAGCAGCAAACAGGCUUUAAGCUUCAUCUCUCUUUGUUAGAUAUGGAGGCGAGAAAUGAUAUCAAUAUGGACAAGUCAGAUGAGAUCCUCAUGCCCGGUUUCCGGUUUCACCCGACUGAUGAAGAACUGGUCAGUUUCUACCUCAAGAGGAAGAUCCAGCAGAAGCCUAUCUCCAUUGAGCUCAUCAGGCAGCUGGACAUCUACAAGUAUGAUCCAUGGGAUCUCCCAAAGCUUGCGAGCACCGGCGAGAAAGAGUGGUACUUCUACUGUCCAAGGGACAGGAAAUACCGCAACAGCGUGAGACCAAACAGAGUCACAGCAGCCGGGUUCUGGAAGGCCACAGGGACAGACAGGCCAAUCUAUUCCUCUGAGGGUACCAAGUGCAUAGGCCUGAAGAAGUCACUUGUGUUCUACAAAGGGAGAGCGGCAAGAGGGAUGAAAACUGACUGGAUGAUGCAUGAAUUCAGGCUCCCUUCGCUCAACGAUCCCUCGCUCCCCAAGCGACCCAUUGACAAGACCAUUCCACUUAAUGACUCCUGGACUAUCUGUAGGAUCUUCAAGAAGACCAGCUCCAUAGCGCAACGAGCACUGUCGCACACCUGGGGGCCACCACUGCCAGGGGCAACUGAGGCAGAGAUGUUCUCUGCGUUCCCGUCAGUGCAAGCUUCAGAGUUUGCUCUGGAGAGCUCAUCUUGUUCACUGCAAGUUUCACCACCUCCACCUGCAAACCAGUUGACCAGCAGACAUGGUUUGCAAGGUCAGCAACAGCAGCAGAACAAGGUGAACAACCCAUCUCUUGAUGGCUCCUCAUGCAAGCUCAUCAACUUCAACUGCAGCCAAUCCCUAGAACCCCAGAACUUCCCCAUCACCUUCCCUUUUGAAGUGCAAACAUCGCAGAAGACCACAGCUGCUGCGCCAAUGUUCUUCAGUACGCAGCCUGAUCACCUCGGUGGAUUUGUAGUCUAUUCUUCUGCCGAUGUCAAUGGCGGCAUCGGUAGCAGGAGCCAGGAUUCAUCCACCAGGAAGCCUGGCAAUGGCUUCAGCAUGAACAACAGUGACUGGGAAGCUGUGGGGAGGAUCAACUUCCCUUUUGAUCUGGGUGCAGAUUCUUCAGAGGACUGGAGAGUCAACAUACCCUGGGAAUCCUUCCUGAGCCCUGCUGCUGUCCAGACUGAGCUGCCACACUAGGGCUGUCAGCAAUUUUCAUUGCACUACAGAGAGUGAGGUACUUCUAUUUCAUAGGUUACUUGUACAAAUGCUGUGCGUGUGUUGAGUUGCCUUCAUCUGUUAGCAUUACUGUUAGCUGCAGAGAUAUACAUUAUUUUUCUUCAGUUUUGAUUAGGGGUGCCAUGUACAUACUGUG